AUGAAUAUGCUUUACAGUGACUCAGAUUGGGAAAGCUACUCAGACAACAGUGACAAUGAAGAUCAAUAUAGCAAUGAAUCUGUGUUUGGAGGUCAUGCUCGGAGCAUUUUGUCUAGCCUUGAUGCAAGCAUCAGGAAGAUCGAUGAUUUCCUUUCACUUGACAGAGGCUUUGUGCGUGGUGAAUUUGUGUCUUCCGUUUCUGAUCAGUCUGGACAAAUUGGUCGAGUUGUAAACGUGGAUAUGAUUGUGGAGUUGGAGGACGGUUAUGGUGAAGCUAUAAAAGACGUUGACGGGAAAAUAAUUCUUAGUAUCUGCUCCUUUUCAGUGGGAGAUUAUGUCAUCCAUGGGCCGUGGCUUGGAAGGGUGGACAAAGUUUGUGAUGUCGUCACUGUUUUGUUUGACGAUGGUGCAAAGUGUCAGAUUUGUACUGAAGAUCCGGAAAAUCUAAUGCUUCUCUCUGCAAACGCACUUGAGGAUGCACCCUUCCCAUAUUAUCCCGGCCAACGUGUAAAGAUGAGACGAUCUACUCUUUUUGACUCUGCAAGAUGGUUGUGUGACGCAUGGAAUGGGAGCCAAGAUGAGGGAACAGUCUGCAAGACAGAAGUAGGAUUAAUACACGUGAAUUGGCUUGCUUCUGUCGUGGCUGCUUGCAAUCUUACUUCUGCUCCUCCCCCUGUUCAAGACCCAAAGGAUCUGACGUUAUUGUCGUGCUAUAGUCAUACAACUUGGCAACCUGGGGAUUGGUGCAAAUUACCACACGAUUUUUUCCAAAAUCUUCAGACAGGUAUGCAGGAACAUAUCUCCCAAGGUUUCAACCCUCGGUGUUCUAGAAAAAUGCAGAAAGUUGGAAUGAAAGAUAUUGCCUGUGAUCACGCAUAUGUUAUUGCCAAGACCAGGACUAAGUUAGAUAUAUCAUGGCAGGAUGGUAGCCAUUCGGAGGGUGUAGACCCAGGGACCUUGUUCCCAGUAAACAACGUGGGUGAUCAAGACUUUUGGCCAGAACAGAUUGUCCUAGAGAAGGCCAUAUCUGAGGAUGGUCGGGUUUCAAGUAAUCAGCGUCUGGGAGUUGUGAAAUAUGUAGAUGCUAAGGAACGUACAGUGAAGGUCAGAUGGAUUCCUGACCUUGACAAUUCGGAUGGUUUAAAUAGUGACUUUGUCGAGGAAACUGUGAGUGCUUAUGAGCUGGUUGAGCAUCCAGAUUACAACUAUCGUCUUGGUGACAUCGUAUUCAGACACUUGCUUCGGUAUGAUCACCUGGAAGAAAAUUUUCAUGCCACUCAACCUGAUAGGCAGACUAAAAUGCAUGAAGUUUCUCCAUCUUAUAGUAAGCCGAUGGUUAAUUUCCAUGGUGAUUACUCUUCACGGUAUUUAUCAUGCAUAGGCAAUGUUGUUGGAUUCAAAGAUGGAGAUAUUGAAGUGAGAUGGGCUAGUGGGAUCCAAUCCAAGGUAUUCAUGCCGAAUUAUAGUUUUUCAUGACAGCUAUUUUAUGCUUCUGCAGAUCAUUGAACUAGGGAUGUAAACAGAUGGAGAUAGUGUAAACUUUCUUAUGAUUCUGGUUCUUCAAUUAUUCUUUUUAUGCAUUUAAUAGAAUAUGAAAGAAAAGACAAAGGACGCAAUAGGAUUGAUAUUUUUCAUUGGAACAGUGUUGAUCAUGAACGGUGUUCUUGACAUUUAGAUCUUCCUUUCUGCACAUAUACAUACAAUGAAGAGGACUCUUCUUUUCUUUUCUUUUCUUUUGAUUGCUUCUCCCUACACUUUAAAACAUGGACUUGGUUGAUUUUUGGUUCCGUUUAGGGCUUUUUUCUUUGCAUUGGCACGUAUAUACUCAUGAAGAAGUUAUCUCUUUCCCCUCUCCACAUGAUGUUUUAUUCCUGAAUUUCCUCUUGAUUCAGGCCAAGCCCUCAGAAGUUUAUGGAUUAGAUAAGCUUGCGACAGCUUCUUCAACUCCAGAGAAUAGCAGUGAAGUUACAGAUGAAAAUGAGCAAGACAGACAACCAUGGAACGGGAAAGAAAGGGUAACGUUCCUAUAUUUCUGGAUGCUAAAUCUUGUUAUGAUUUCCUUCACUUUUUCGAAAUGUAGGCGAUGCAUAGGAUAAAAAACCUGUGACUCUGUGCAGGAUCUCCCUGGAAACUGUGUUUAUGGCUCCCUUGAAGAUUCCAGGAAAAAAUUAUGGGAUGUUCAGUUUGACUUUCUGCCUCGAGCUGCUAUUGGAUUCCUGUCUAAUGUUGCUACAGUGCUGGUUGGUUACCAUGGUUCCUUGUCACUCUCCAGCACCAAAAUGCCUGGCCGUAUCAAUGACAGGGAUGAAAGUUGGAAACUCAGUUUGGAAACGUCCGCAUCACAGAUCAAUGAGAAGCCUGAAUAUCGGCUGAUUCAUCCAGAGGAUGUGACACAGCAUGAUGAGAUACUGCAGCAAACAAGCUUGGAGAACCAAGUAUCAGCUGGAGUUCAUGGUACUUUGGUAGAGUCUGCAAGCAGUGCAAAGGCUGACUGGUUUGAGCAGUUUGGCUUUGCGAAUGACUAUUCAGAUCAUCAUUUCAUUGAUGGGGUUAGUUCGCAGGUGAGGGGCUCGAUUUGUUCUUGAAUUCGAAUGAAAUAUGUCCAUGCGUAAAACUUCCUGAUGAUGUCCUGUCCACAGGUGAGGAGCAGCUGGUUGAAGAAAAUACAGCAGGAAUGGAACAUUCUGGAGAAGAAUUUACCAGGUUGAUUCUUAUUAAUAUGUUUCUAUUCAUUGAAUCUGAACUGAGGACUUAACCUCAUAUGGAAGAACUAUUUUCCCGAAUUGCAAUGACAUUAAUUCGUGGAUUUGACAUUUCUGUUGAGAAAUGACUCGCCGCCCACAAACUUUUCAUGCGAAUAAAUUCCAAAAUCCAUUUCGUCGGCAGAUUUUUCUCAUUCAAUUAAAUUUUUAUACUCUAUUUUCCUGAUUUCUUGUAAAUAAGUAAUGCAUGAUGCACUUUUUAAACCCUUUUCUCGUUGGCCAAAAAUUUGGCCUUACGGCCGCAAUCAAAAGCUACUUAGACCUCAAACAAACGUUUUUUUGCUGAAAAGAAGGUGAAGUCUUUCAGGGGUUCAGCUGUUUGCACGUCACCUCGAGCUACAGUAAUGAUGGGAACGUUGACUUUCCUGUCGUUCGCCUCUGACAUCCUUCUGCUCUUCUGAAUUGAACAGAAACAAUUUAUGUCAGAGUUUACGAGGAAAGGAUGGAUCUGAUGAGAGCUGCGAUUAUUGGCACAUCUGGAACUCCUUACCAUGACGGUCUCUUCUUCUUUGACAUAUGCUUUCCUCCGGAUUAUCCCCAUGAACCACCUGUAAGUUGCUUCAAAUCUUCGCUUCUCAUCCUUUUCAGACACACUAGCUUGUGACCGGUUGAAGCCAUCACCUGAAACAAAAAGCCCAAGUGGAUAAUCAAUCGUAUAUGGUCUCUGGCAUUGUAGGAUGGAGAUGCAUGCGCCGAAUCAUAUAAUAUAUUUUUAUGUAGUAAUUUUAUUUUUCUCUGAUGUGUAAUAUUACGAGCAAAAUCCUGGGUAUGUGUAAAAUCGUGAAUUGUUUGAUAUAAAUCCUAUGCAAAUGACAAGCCUCAGGAUCCAAGAAACGGCUGCUGUGGAACUAAGAUAAAUCUUACUGCAGUUCCAAUUAUUUUACGCCACGGAGGGUCAUAUUAUCUGAAAAUUUUCUUCUUGAAGAUGAGAAACGUUGCUGUUACCUCGGGUUCCGUCGUCGUUUUUUCAGAUAAUUCACUCGCCGCCAAGAACCCUCAGCUUUCCAUCAAACAGGAUCAGAUCAGAAGAUCCAUUUGAACUUUUUUUCUCUUCUCGUGGUCGUCGUCCUUUCAUUUAUAGCACAGCACUGCUCGUUGUGAAACCGUAAGACCAUCUCUAAGACCAUCUCACUCCAAAACGCAUGAUGAAAAAUGCCGUGCAGCUGGUGCACUACCAUUCGGGCGGGCUCCGGCUGAACCCCAACCUCUACGAGUCCGGAAAAGUCUGCCUCAGCCUCCUGAAGACCUGGACGGGGACCGAAAGCGAGGUGUGGAACCCGGAGGGAUCCACCAUCCUCCAAGUCCUGUUGUCCCUCCAAGCCCUCGUCCUGAAUGAUAAGCCCUACUUCAACGAAGCCGGCUACGACAGACAGGUCGGCAAAGCCGACGGGGAAAGGAAUGCCGUCACUUACAACGAGAAUGCAUUCCUUCUCUCCUGCAAGUCCAUGCUCUUCCUUCUGAAGAAUCCCCCAAAGGUAAAAGCCCUUCACCGGUAGAAGUCAACGUCCCCAACGCUUCCGUCAACCACCAGAUUCAACGGUUAAUUUCCUAAAUCCUGCAGAGCUUCGAGACGUUCGUCGUGGAGCAUUUCGCUCGCCGGUCGCAGCAGAUCCUCCUGGCUUGCAAGGCGUACAUGGACGGGGCGGCUCAGGUGGCGGCGCCGCCGGAGGCGGCGGGGAGCAGCUCCACGGGCUUCAAGAUCAUGUUGACGAAGCUCUUCCCGAAGCUCGUGUCGGCUUUCGCCGAAGUCAGCGCAGAUUGCAGCACUUGGCUCGACGGCGGCGGCGGCGGUGGUGGUGCCAUCGACCUGGUGAAGCAGCAAUCUGGCGAGUAA